GAAAGUUAUUACCGGGCAAUGCCCGCGUUGCUGGUGUAAUGGCCUGAUCAUUUCCCGUAAUCACAGGUUUUCGCGGAUUCAUCCCGUAUUUCGAGCCGAGAAACCAAAUGGAGCUAUUCACUCGAAGGUUUCAGCCUGCAGGACAUGUUCGAACGUUGAAAGAAAGAUAAAAAUAUGAGUACAAGAUAUCAUAUUGGUGUUUAUUCUUUACAUUUACUACUAUUCAGUGCAUUAAUUAAUGUUCUUUUACAGGCUGUUGAAAUGAAUGCAAUUGCAGUGCCAAGCUCCAGUUGCUAUGUUUUUGACAAUUCUAGUCACAUCAUUGACUUUAGCAGGUGGAUUGGACACCCAUUUGAAUAUGAGGGAAAGGGUUCUGACUUGGUGGUUCAGUUUUGCAAAGAUGUGGAAAGUAGAUCACAAGUGGGAUAUGUAGAUUUUGGUCGAUUUGAUAAGUUCAACUACUUUGUCUCUGGUUCAGGACAUGCCGACUUUGUUCAAGUAAUUUAUGACAAAUUGGGGAGGACUGCGCAGGUAAAUGUUAUGUGUGGAGGUUGUUUAAAUGGACAAUGUAAAGGUGGUCUGGGAUGCAUCUGCAAUAUCACUUAUGAGACCAGUUGCAGAGUUAUUGUCGAUCUUGCCAUCCCUUGUGAGAUACAAGGCCCACGUGUUUUCAAAGGGUUUACUGUUGGUUUUCACCCUCGAUCUUGGGAAAUUGUUUAUAAUGGUUUGACUCAAUUAGGCUAUGAGAAGCCACACCGUGCAUUCAGCUUUAGCACAGAGCAGACUAGUGUGGUUCUUUAUAUGACUGCAAUUGCAUCACUUUCCUCUUUUGUACAGAAACCGAUUAUUCAGGUUUUUCCAGGAAAUGGACUGGAGGUGGAAGUAUCGGGCUCAGGGGCAACUGGGAGCUACCCCACAACUUUGUCACCCUCGAUUUUGAUGAUUGAAUGGAGAUGUGACAUUGCCAGGGACAUUACAUAUGCUGUUAACGUCACAAUCCCUGUGGCUGAUUAUGAACCAAUUAGUUUUUUUCUUGCCAAAAUGUGUGAAAAAAGGCAAGACGUACAAGGAGAUUACAUGCAAGGAUGGGCCACAUUUGGAAUACUCUCUUGCAUAUUCAUAGUCACAGCGUCGCUAUUUUGCUGUGGAGGAUUUGUUUACAAGACCCAAGUGCAAGGCCAGCGUGGAAUUGAUGCAUUGCCGGGCAUGACAUUACUAUCCGCCUGCUUGGAAACUGUGAGUGGUGCAGGACACAGCUACCCGAGAGCGGAAGGCUUCAACAAUGCAAUUGUCAGUGAAGCCUCCUGGGAGCGCCCAUCAUCCUCUUCCUCUUCUCGACCGACACGAAUACCAUCUGAGAAAAAUUAUGGUUCAAUAUGAACCUCUCUGUCUUUAGAGAGUUCACUAAAGGAAUUCGGCUGUUUUCCAUUGGAUCAAGGACUAUAGGCAGACGCAAAAGUGAUUUAGGCAAAGCUUAGUUUUUGAAGCUAUCAACCUAUCAGACAUUACUAUCCAUAUUCUCAUAAAUUGAAGGAUUGGAUAUUAAUACAGAGGGUGAGUAUUGUUUUUUCUUAGGCAUUUGAACAAAAUGUUGAGUUUUUCUAGAAGUAUUAGGAUUGUUGCCAUUUAUGGAUAAAAACAUUAAUAAUGAGAUGAAAUUUUACAUUUUA